AUGGCCCAGGGCGCAAGAGGCCUGUUCUUGCCUCGGCUAGGCUGCGCCAUGCCACUUGGGGGUGCACACAUGCGAACGGAAGCGCGGAACCCACACGCGCUUGUCGCCAACGUCCUCGUCCGCCGCCCUACGCCGCCCUACGCCGCCACAUGCCGUCCCAGCCAGACCCGACCCCCCAAUCGCUUAUGGAGCAUCUUCUUCCGUGUCCAAGAUGAUGCAUCCACCUGCACCCUUCCAGACCUGUCAUGCGGCACACGUCCGGCAUACUUACAUGCAUAUCCAUCCAAGUACACACUUGCUUUAAACACAAAGGUUCGCCCUGCAACUCUCUUCGGCCCGCUUCGAACCUCCUUCGGCGCCAAAAAAGAAGCUCUGGCCAACAGCUCCCACUACCCCCGUGAGCCGACUUUUCUCCCACAAGCCGCCGCUGCCCACCACCAAGAUUACGAGCAGGUUUGCACAUCUGCCGUCACCGAUAAUCACUCUGUAGGAUUCGCCCUCGGCAAAAUCUUGCGGCAUUAUCCAGACAUGGUCCACAUGCCGUGCAGCAUGCUAUACUGGAUUCGACCACUGCCCAACAUCACACGCUCUCACGUCCAGACACGACAAACCCAUUGCCCAGAAAUGUCAAGAUGACAUGUGUACAACUCUUACAUCUCACUUACAUGCUUCUGCCCAAUGCUCCCCUGGUCCGCACUGCACACCAU